UGUUUGUCUGCAAGUGAAACUCACAGAUCUAAAUAUAUAACAAAUAUAUUCCCGAGAGCGGCACAGAAUUAUCGGAAACAAGCAUGAGCAUGUAAUAUACGGGCCAGCUUCGAGCCCAGUCUCCCCGUGUGUUCGUUCGUGCUGCACUCAGCUAUCCGUUGUUCGCGUCUCGACGUUGUAGCAUUUCUCAUCCUUGAAGGCAGCAGCAGGAUACAAGAUCAGCCGCGAUCAUGGACCCGGAAGCGUUUUUGGAUGUGGCCAAUCAGGUCAUCAAACUGAAAAUGUUUCCGUUCUUCGACAUUGCGCACAGUUUACUUGCCGCGCUGGCCGUGCGCGAGGAUUUGGGCGCCAACGCUCAGGCCUUCUCCCGCAAGCAUCCGCUCGCCUGCUGGCUCUCCACAAUGCUGGUCAUCUUUGCCGGCGGCAUGGUGGCCAACGGUCUGCUCGGCGAGCCCAUUCUGGCGCCACUGAAAAACACCGGACAGCUCUUUGUGGGCACUGCCGUAUGGUACAUUGUUUUUUAUACACCUUUCGACAUUGGCUAUAAAGUGGCCAAGUUUCUGCCUGUGAAGAUCGUGGCCAGCGCGAUGAAGGAGAUCUAUCGCGCCAAGAAAGUGUAUGACGGUGUCGGACAUGCGGCCAAAUUGUAUCCCAAUGCCUGGAUCAUCAUGAUCAUCAUUGGCACACUGAAGGGCAAUGGCGCCGGCUUCACCAAACUGAUUGAGCGUCUCAUUCGUGGCGCUUGGACACCAACCGCCAUGGAGUUUAUGCAGCCAUCCUUCUAUACAAAGGCAUCGUUGCUGGCUUCGAUUAUCUUUGUGCUCGACAAAAAGACGGAUUGGAUCUCAGCGCCACACGCUUUAGUUUACUUUGGCAUUGUCAUAUUCUUGGUGUACUUCAAGCUGUCGUCGAUCCUCUUGGGCAUACACGAUCCCUUCCUGCCAUUGGAGAACCUGUGCUGUGCCAUCUUCUUUGGCGGCAUUUGGGAUAGCUUGGCCAAGAUCUUGGGCCGUGGCCAGGCCAAGGAUGGCGAUAGUAAAGACGUUAAGAAAAGCAACUAACUAGCUAACACAACAACAGCAAAACACUGACUACUAAUUUUCCGAAAUUAGUUCAUUUUAACUACAUUUUUUUAUUAUUAUUUGUAAUCAUCGCGCUGCCAACCAAAGCAACAAUUUUGUAUUGUUAUUCGAACGAACAACGCCCGUUUUUUGUUACCAUGUAUCGUAUCAUUUGACAAGUCCUUUUCGAUUGUAAUCCCGUCAAGACGCUAUAGUGAGUAUCCUUCCUGUAUAAUUUGUAAUAUUAGUAAUUGGCAUCAGUUUUAAUCAUGAGCAACAAGUGGGUGUGUCUGCUUAUGCUUGACUCUGAUAAAAAGUAUUGUUCUUAGCUCUUAUUUUGUAUACUUGUUAUUUGACUUGACAUCAGACAUCAUAGGACGACGAGUAAUUAAAUUUACGAUUUUACUUAUCUACACAAUUUGCUCAACUUUUAUGUUUUUUUUUUGUAAUUCUUCGGCAACGUCGAAGGCUCGCCUAUAAACGCUCAAUUUUAUAUUUACAUUAUUGUAUAUUUAAAUGAAUCUGUUUUUUUUUUUUUACUUUGUGUGUAAAUAUUACAUAGUCAAUGCAAUUUUUUGUUUAAAAAAAGUGUUGCAACGAGUCAUAAUUUUAAGAAGUUGGAACACAACAUACAAAAACUUUUUUUUAGUUAGUUACAAAUGAGAAACAAAAGAAAACAUAUUAUAAUUAAACACGCAUUCAUGCAAUUGACGACGAUCCUCUGUAUGAGUUACUAAUAAUGAUCAUUGGUUGCAAUAAAAAUAAAACAAAAAACAAACGAAAACUA